CUACACACACCCCCUUCACCACAACCCCCCCUUGCAACGCUCAUUACAUCCUACAUCUCACCCCACACACACUCUCUACUUUCCAUCUCAAACUACUUACAAUGCUCGUCUCGGCCUUCCUCGCUCUCGCCCUCCCGGCCUUUGUCGCCGCUCAGCAGUCCCCCGGAAAGGGCGGCCUCAAGAUCACCUACCCCAACUCGGACAACUGGUGGAUCAACGGCAACACCAACACGCUUGCCUGGGGCGGCGACACCCCCUCGCCCGACACCACCGGCACCUUUGUCGCCUGGCUCUCCAACCCCGACGUCAACCUCCUCUCGGGUGUCCAGGCCCUGAGCGCUCAGACUCCUACCUACCAGACGUCGCUGGCUAUUGCUGCCCUUAACCAGAAGCCCGGCACUGGCUACGUUCUCCAGUUCUCCAACCCCCUCAACCAGACUGACGUCUGGGCCACCUCGCAGCCCUUCGAGAUCAAGGCCGCCAACUCGCCCUACCCCCCUGGUGCCGCCUCGGCCGGUGCCCCCCAGGUCACGGCUACCGCUUCGGGCUCGGCUGUUGCCGGUGCCAGCGGUGCGGCCGGAAACGCCUCGCACUCGGGAGCCUCGGCUGCCCCCUCGGCCUCGACCAAGCCCUCGUCGGCUGGCAUCCUCGCCGUCGCCCCCGUCGCCGUCGCCGCUGUUGCCGGUGCCGCUGCCUACAUUGUGGCCUAAGCGACGACGACGACGACUUGCUCGCCCAGUGUUUACCUGGUGGCGUAAGGCGUCAGCCACUGCGCGCCAAGGCUAGCCCCGGUGGUGGAAUCGACAGUGGACAUUGGCUUGUGGAUGGUGACGACGAUUAUACCUAUUUUGUGGUGCAAUGACCUAUGCAUCUUAGUAACGGCGUG